GUGACGUGGUUUUGUCUCAUCAUAACACCGCCCGGUCCGGACAUGAGACGGACACCUCCUCGGUCUCCACAUCUAGAUGUCUAACCUGCACAAACAAACCCUGUCCUGUCCGUGUGAGAAGACCGAAGCCCCGCAGGAAGCAGACCGUCUCAGCGCUGAUGGCCUCCGUGAAGAAAGACAACAGACUGACGAGUUCUCAGAGCUUUAUGUGCGUCGGUUUCGCCGGGAUUUUCAGUAAAACCGUCACGUCGCCUCUGGAGGUGGUUAAAAUUAAAAGUCAGGUGGGGACAUUUCACUGUAAGAGGGGUUUGUGGCAGAGUUUCCUCCUCAUCUACCAGAAUGAAGGACUCCGAGGCUUCUGGAAAGGAAACCUCGCCUCCUGUCUGCGGCUCUUCCCCUACACCGCAGUCCACCUCGCAGCCUACAAGAAGAUCGUGCACCUUCACAUGGAUGAACUGGGCUUCAUCUCUCAGUGGAGAGCCAUACUGGCAGGUGGUGUGGCGGGCGUUGCUGCUGCGCUGACCACGUACCCUCUGGAAGUGGCGGAGACGCGACUCAUCGUCCAGAACUGCAGACAGCCAACGUACCUCGGCGUGGCUCACACUCUGUCAAAGAUCUACAGGAACGAGGGGCUGCUCGCCCUCUACAGGGGCUUCUCCCUCACUUUACUGGGUGCUUUUCCCUUUUCUCUCGGAUGCUAUGCAGUCUACAUGAACUUGGACAAACUCUGGCAGGAGCCUCCUUUCCGCUUUUCCCCCCUGCAGAACUUUAUAAACGGCUGCUUGGCUGCAGGAGUGGCCCAAACUCUCUCCUACCCUUUUGAAACUGUAAAACGGAAGAUGCAGGCGCAGAGUGCCCGUCUGCCACAUUACGGUGGCGUUGACGUCCACUUCAGCGGGAUGAUUGACUGUUUCAUGCAGGUUGUAAAAAACAAGGGCGUCCUCUCACUGUGGAACGGCCUCACUGCCAACACAAUAAAGAUUGUCCCCUACUUCGGCCUUCUCUUCACCUGCUUUGAGAUGUGUAAGCAGGUCUGCCUUUACCGCAACGGCUACAUCGUCUCACCGCUCAGCUACAAGCUGGCGCCGGGGGUGGACCAGAGCCUCGGGCCGUCCGAGCUGGAAGAGGUGAAGCGAUACUUGAAAAACAGGAACUUUGGGUCAGGGCAGUCGUCUUUAGGGAACCGCUGGUGAAACUUCCCCAGAGAACAUGUAUAUACUUCACCUGACCAGCAGUAUGAAAUACUUCAGAGGCUUGUCUAUAAUAAUUACAGAACAUUUCAGGUUUCAUGUCGACAUAGAAGGCGCAUUUCCGUGUCGUCCUGUCAGACACGGUCUACCUCUUUCAGAAACAAUGUUAUUUUAUCUGUCAGUAUUAUGUGUUCAUGAAUUGUUCACUCAGCCUUCAUGUAUUUCCAUUGCUGUUUUUAACCAAAUAUUAUGUGCCUUUAGCAUUAACUAUUUAUUUCUGGGCUUAUUUCAGUUAUUGACAUCAAAUAGUGCCACACUGUAGUUUAUUAAAACGGGCUGAUGAAGCUCUCUUGCUCUGCUUGUGUGAUAGAACAAGUUUUUAAUGUAAAUUUAAUGUAAAAAUUCUGAUUGUUAUGUUUGAGUAGGUAAUGAUCAUUCGUGUUAAUAUGCUAACAUGCAUUGAUGGAAGAAAUGUGCUUGAAACAUUAAAACAUAAUUUUUCACUUG